AUGAAUUUCCCAGGAGGCUCAUCUGGCGCCGGCGCACCUACGCCCGGCUUUGGCCCUCAAGACCCGGGCGUCAAAGCUGUUCAAUCCGCCAUGGAAUCAUGCUACGGCAAGUCCGUCAUGUCAGGAGUCAUGGGAUUCGGCAUGGGUGGUCUUUUCGGCAUGUUCAUGGCUUCUAUGUCCUACGACACGCCCUUCGGCACACCCGUCACCAACAGCGCCGGCCAAAACAUCUCGUCUCUACCCCUCCGCCAACAGCUCAAGCACGGCUUCAAAGACAUGGGCACUCGCUCCUUCUCGAUGGCCAAGAAUUUCGGCAAGGUCGGCGCGCUCUUUUCCGGCAUCGAAUGUGGCAUCGAGGGCCUGCGGGCCAAGAAUGAUCUCGCGAACGGCGUCGCGGCAGGCUGCUUGACGGGCGGUAUUCUGGCCAAGAAUGCUGGUCCGCAGGCUAUGGCGGGCGGAUGCGUUGCGUUUGCAGCAUUUAGCGCCGCCAUUGACGCUUGGAUGAGACAGCCAAAGGAGGAGUAG